AUGCUAAUGAAUAUAUUGUGGAGUGGUCACUUGACAACUCACUCUUCGGAUCGUGUCGAAUCGUAUCCAAAAGGCGCAAAAGAUUUGGCCGAUUGUGAUUCGAUGGUCCGUUGGCUUCCGAAAAAGAGUGAGGCUGCGGCAAGACGGGCUCGCAGAUCGCAGAUUUUUCAGGUGGAAAUGACGGAAUAUGCAUGGGUACCGGUAAAUAUCCCUAUUCCCCUUCUUGCUAUAUGCGGACUGUUUUCAAAAGCUCACGACCAUUACUCCAAUGGCGUCAUUAUUCCUAUUGACUUUGGAGAGGAUCAGUCGAUUGCUGGUCAAGACUGGAAGAAAUCUUUAGAGAAUCUGGAAAAGGCGCAGAAAUACAUAAAAGAAGUAGUCAGUGGCCCGGAAUUUGAUGGGGUUCGCAACGGAUGUCAAAUCCGAAACCCACUUUGCAGUUUCUGGGCCGCCAUUGGUGAAUGUGAAGUAAAUCCCUCUUACAUGAAGAUGCAAUGCGCCCCGAGCUGCCAAACUUGUGACCAGCUUUCAUUUGAAAAAAGGUGCCCUUAUGACAAAGAUGCUCCCACAGCAUUGAACCCCGGAGACUUGAACAAAAUGUUCGAAAGCAUUGUUGCCAAAGAUAGCAACGAAGGAAGACUCACAAUUAUCUCUCAACCACCUUCUGGGCCUUGGAUUGUUACAUUGGAUGAUUUUUUGACCCCUGCUGAGUGUGAGAGGCUCAUUCAUCUUGGAGGUCAGCAGGGAUAUGAAAGAUCGAAGGACGUCGGUAAAGAGAAAUUCGACGGUACUUAUGACAGUGUGGAAUCCAAAAGUCGCACAAGCAGUAAUGCAUGGUGCGUGGAGAAGUGCUACGAAGACGAUGUAACAAUGAAUGUGCUUUCAAGGAUUCAGAAUUUGACCGGAGUGCCGGAGGAAAACUAUGAAUAUCUGCAGCUGUUGGAGUAUCAAGAAACUCAAUUCUACGGUAGCCAUCACGACUAUAUCGAGCACCACACUCAACGCGCUCAAGGCGUUCGGAUUCUGACAGUAUUCUUGUACUUGAAUGAUGUCGAAGCAGGCGGUGGCACAAGGUUCACUGAUCUAGAUAUCACAGUUGCUCCCAAGACAGGACGGGUAUUGAUAUGGCCUUCAACCUUGGACGCCAGACCAAACGACAAAGAUCGAAGGACCCAUCACGAAGCAAUGCCUGUAAUAAAGGGAAUCAAGUAUGGUGCAAAUGCAUGGAUUCACCAACGAAACUUCAAAGAACCUCAUGCGAAAGCUUGUGUAUAA